AUGGCUAUGUCAAUGGAAGAUAUAAAGGCCGUGGCAAAAGCUAUUACUAUAUCCAGUGACAAAAAGCACUACAAUAGUAUAAUUAAGCUGGUUGGUCAAUAUAAUGAUCUCACGGAUAUUGAUGAGAAUACGUUUACUGACGUAGAACCUACCAUGAGGUAUCUUACAAUGUCUCUAUUCCAAAUAUUCAAGACCUUAUUUUCUAGAGAGCAACUAAACCCUGCCAGAGCCAAAAAUGAAAAGCAGAAGUUAUUUUUUCAAUGGUGCAGAAAAGUCUACGAGUCUUUCAAGUCGAAACUACUGCAGUGUAUUUCCAGUUUUAAGUUUGAGACAUCUUUGGCUCUAGACUGCUUAGAUGUUUUUUUACAAAUAUUGGAAUUAGAAUCAAUUCAUUUCACGUCUCAAGUUGGUGCCCCAUUCUUUCCCAACAAAACUCUUAAAUCGCUAACCAUCUCUCUUUUUAAUUCACAUAUCAACGAUGAGAUAGAUAUUGCGAAAGGUCAAACAACAAAUCCAAUUGUCGUCGAAUUUUUUGAAAAUUACUAUAGAAAAUAUGUUGAUAUUCAAUUUUAUCUGCAGUCAGAACUAGCUUCCAUAUGUUCUGAUGGCCUUCUCGCAGGAAAUGACCAAGCAGAUUUGAUGGCGAAAUGGUUAUUACUUAUGAAUCACGACAACCACUAUACUAGUGAGGAGGCUGAUCUGGAAGUCUUCGUACCUCAGCCUCCGCAAGCAAUGGAGAACGAGUCGAAAUUCAAGUCCAACCUGGAGAAAAAUUGGCUAUGGUUUCUCAAUUUAGAUGGUCUGCUCGGUUCUCAAUACAAGACAACGCUUCUUAUUCUACAUAAGAGGGUCAUUCCUCAUUUUCAAACUCCCACAAAGUUGAUGGAUUUUUUAACUGAUUCAUACAACUUAGGCGAUGGCGUCACGUCAAUUUUGGCUUUAAAUGGUCUAUUUGAAUUGAUGAAAACAUACAAUUUAGAAUACCCUAACUUUUACACCAAACUUUACCAUUUGGUGACGCCAGAAUUGAUGCAUGUGAAGUACCGCUCACGAUUUAUGAGAUUGACCGAUUUGUUUCUAUCGUCAACACAUGUCUCGGCAAAUUUGAUCGCCUCGUUUAUAAAGAGAUUUGCUCGUCUGAGUUUGAGCUCUCCUCCUGCUGCCAUCGUUUCCAUCGUCCCUUUCAUUUACAAUCUAAUAAAAAAGCAUCCUACCUGUAUGAUUAUGCUGCAUGAUCCUGACUACAUCGUGGAUCCCUUCUCCAGUGAAGAUGAGGCUGAAAAGGUUAGAUUACUCCGAAAAACAUACCAAGACCCCUUCAACAUUGAUGAGGAAAAUCCUGAACACACUCAUGCGAUAGAAAGCUCUCUAUGGGAGUUGGACAGUCUCGUAAAUCAUUAUCAUCCAAAUGUUGCAACAUUGGCCAAAAUCUUUUCUCAACCAUUCAAGAAAUAUAGUUAUAACAUGGAAGAUUUUCUGGAUUGGUCGUACGAUUCUUUGUUGAAUGCAGAGGCCACAAGAAAACUAAAAGUACUUCCUGCAUUGGAAUUCGAGGAAUUUAAAGAAAUUUUUGGUGGAUAUCUCGAUGGUAUCGAGUGGUAG